ACACGUCAAGGAAGUGACGUCAGUGUAGCGCCGAGAAAGCACCAGAAACUAACGUCCACGUCCACUUCUUCCUCUCCUGCUGUACGGUCCAGUUAGUUGUAAAAUGUCAGAGCCUGGUUUGGAUUCACCUGAGAAAGAAAGUGAAGUUGGGCACUACUUACGCACACUACUGGAAUCGGAGGUGGAGGGUCUACUUCGCCAAGAUUCCCGUGGAUUAGUGGGAGAGUUCCGGCAACAGAAACUGGAGAGAGAGGCUGCAAAAAAUUGGGAUAAAUUCUACAAACGCAAUGAAACAAGAUUCUUCAAGGAUCGUCAUUGGACAACGAGGGAGUUUCAAGAAUUGAUUGGGGACGGGGAAACCACACGGACACUGAUAGAAGUUGGAUGUGGUGUUGGGAACUUUUUGUAUCCGCUACUGGAAGAGAACCUAAACCUCUUUGUAUAUGCUUGUGACUUUUCUCCACGUGCCAUUCGGCUUGUCAAAAGUCAUCCCAAGUAUGAUGAAUCCAAGGUCAAAGCUUUUGAAUGUGACAUAACAAAGGAGGAGUUAAGGAGUAUAACUGGUAAUGAAGUGGAUAUAAUAAGUUUGAUAUUUGUUCUCUCUGCAUUACAUCCAGAGAAGUUUAAGGAAGUAGUGUCCAAUUUGUACCGUUGCUUGAAACCAGGAGGAAUGGUGUUGGUUCGAGAUUAUGGAUUAUAUGACAUGGCCAUGUUAAGAUUUGGACCAGGAAACAAAUUGGGUGAACGCUUUUAUGUGCGUCAAGAUGGGACUAGGUCUUACUACUUUACGGAGGAAGAGCUGAGGCAAUUGUUUGAAGGAAGUGGUUUUGUGGUGUCCAGUAACCAUUAUGUGUCGCGUCAAACCGUCAACAAGAAAGAAGGGAUAAAUGCUCGGAGAAUAUUUAUUCAAGCCAAGUUUAUGAAGCCCAGUUAGUGAGGUAAAAUGGCUGAGCAUGGUAUGGAUUAAACUGCUAAAAAAAGUGAACCUGAGCACAACCUGUACUUUAAUGGAAUGAGAAGGGGGGGGGUACUUUUGACCAAGAUCCUGUGGAUUUAAUAGAUUUCAAGCAACAAAAAAUGGAGAGGGAGGCUGCUAGAAACUUGGAUUAAUUCUACAAAUGCAGUGAAGAAAGGUUAGGAAGCCAUCGCAUGCUAAGGCACAUCCACGUCAUUCUGGUGGUAUGUGAUGUUAGCCGAGUUCAAGUUUGAUUAUCACAAGGUAAAAUGGCUGGUCAUGGUCGGGAUUACUUUGCUAAACAAAGUGAAUAUGAACACAACUUUAGUGGAAUGAGAAGGGGGGGGGGUACUUUUGACCAAGAUCCUGUGGAUUUAAUAGAUUUCAAGCAACAAAAAAUGGAGAGGGAGGCUGCUAGAAACUUGGAUUAAUUAUACAAAUGCAGUGAAGAAAGGUUAGGAAGCCAUCGCAUGCUAAGGCACAUCCACGUCAAUCUGGUGGUAUGUGAUGUUAGCCGAGUUCAAGUUUGAUUAUCACGAGGUAAAAUGGCUGGUCAUGGUCGGGAUUACUUUGCUAAACAAAGUGAAUAUGAACACAACUUUAGUGGAAUGAGAAGGAGCGGGGGGGUACUUUUGACCAAGAUCCUGUGGAUUUAAUAGAUUUCAAGCAACAAAAAAUGGAGAGGGAGGCUGCUAGAAACUUGGAUUAAUUCUACAAAUGCAGUGAAGAAAGGUAAUUUUAAUUAAAUGUCUACAAUGUGCGAACACAUCAUACAGUACCUGUACAUCCCUCUUUACUACCGGUUAGGAAGCCAUCGCAUGCUAUGGCACAUCCACGUCAAUCUGGUGUGUACAGCAGGAUGACAAAGAAUUCACAAGGGUAUUGGUCAAAAACUACUGCUACAAUAUGAAAUGAUCUACAGGGGAUGGCUGCACUGCUUGAGAGAACUUCUCUAGUGAGAUAUUGAAUUUCUGUUGUGUAGUGACAACUAUUGAAAAUGCAAGCCCAUAUACUACAUUCAUGUGGAACUUGUUUAACAUUUGGAGAAUGAGCUGACGAAGAACAAGCUGUAAACAGUUGGAUUCAUGAAUCAGGUUUUCAAGAUGAUGAAAUGACCUGCCUACAGUUGUGAAGUUAUGGUUGUUUAAAAAAGACUACAGUAACUUUAUUUGUACCCAUGGUUCAGGAAAUUGCAUUCCUGAAGACAUUUACUGUUGGGUUGGAGGAGUUGCUGUAUAUUACUAGGUCUACACUUGGUUCACUGUGGUCGAUCAACACUAGGGGAAAUAACUUGUGGAUGGUGGUUAUCAAGUUCAACUGUCGUGCCAGCCUCUGCCGUGGUCUGCCAAAUAAUAAUAUAUUAAGCCAUUACAUUUUCAGUAAUAAACUAUAAAAGCCA